AAUAAAAACAAAAACAAACAUCGAAUCAAUCACCGUUUAACUGCCAACUCCAUCGGUUGUUCGCCAAUUUCCCAAGAACACGCUUUGUUUGGAAAUUGAACCAUGGCGGGGAUCGAAGGCGGAGGGACAUUGUCGGAAGUCAAUCAGAGCGCCAGGAAGCUACUUCUUCGAGCAAGGGACGGGAUCGAACGGUUGGAGAGGUUCGAGAGCUCCGUCUCCGGUGCCGAUUCACCCGAACUCUACUUCACCGUUAAAAAAGAUAUCUCCCAGAUCCACUCCCUAUGCGCCGAUAUGGAACGCCUCUGCCGUUCCAUCCCCGCCAAAUCGCAACGCGAUCUCUGGAAAAGAAAAGUUGAACAAGUGGCUGAAGAGGCUGACUCUUUGAAAGAUGGUCUAGACAAGUACUCUAUGAGGAAUCAGAAACGGUUGUUGGAAGCGAAAGAGAGAGCUGAAUUGCUUGGAAGAGCUAAUGGAGAGUCAGCUCAUGUACUGAGAAUUUUUGAUGAGGAAGCACAAGCAAUGCAAUCAGUUCGAAACUCUUCCAGAAUGUUGCAAGAAUCUUUUGAAACUGGAACAGCUAUCCUUUCCAAAUAUGCAGAACAAAGAGAUCGCCUCAAGAGAGCACAACGAAAGGCCUUGGAUGUACUGAACACAGUAGGGCUCUCCAACACCGUCCUGAGGCUUAUCGAGAGGAGGAACCGUGUUGAUUCAUGGAUCAAAUAUGUAGGGAUGGUUUUGACAGUUGUCAUUGUGUAUUUCUUCUGGAAAUGGACCCGGUGAUUUGCACUUUUUUCCCUCCUCAGCACGAAGGUUUGUUUUUCUGGAUUCUCUGAUCAUGUUAAGAAGGCAAAUAUCGCAAGUUUAAACGAGAAGAGCUUCGAUAUAAGUACAGAUGACAAAAAUGGAUGGUGUCAUUUCAAACUUGCAUUGAAGAGGAAGUUGUUGAUUCGGAAUACGAGUAUGUGAAAAGAAUUGGAAGAACUAAUGGCCGAAGCAAUUAUAGCUUGUGUAGUUAGUCUGUAUCGAUGUGCUGAUAUAAAUGCAGAAUUUGGGAUUAUAGAUUGUUAAUUUGAUAUUUUUGAGCUGAUCAGAUCGUUAAUAUGAAGAUUUUAAUCUCUUUUCUUUCUUCUGGA